AAAAAAGAAAUAAAAAAAAAAAUUCCUCUCUUAAACUCUGGUGAUCGAUCGUAGUUUUGCAAUUUCAAACCGACCAUGAGUAGUCCACAGCCAUCAGAUUCGAGCCAAGAAGCCAUUCAAGAGAUUAGUAACGCAAGCGAGGAUCAAAACAACACUACACAAGUUGACAUGUCCAAACUCUACCCACAUGAAAAACCUGAUUACAAGGAUCCAAAGUACGCUGGCAUGAGCAGACGAGCUAUUAAGCGUCAUUAUAAACAAGAACGCUGGGACGCUACUCGAGAUGAAAGAAGAGAUGCUGCCAAAGCUAAAAAGAAGCAAAAGAAAGAAGCAAGGAAGAGAAUGUACGAGGAAGGGUUGAUAACGCCUCCACAGGGACCCAAAAGAAUUCGACUGGAGGAUCAGGUGUGGAGCAAGUUAAACGUUGUAAUUGAUUGCGACUUUAAUUCACUGAUGGUAGAAAAAGAGAUCAAUUCGAUGCAAACCCAAAUAUGUCGGUGCUACAGCUCUAAUCGAUCCGCGAAAUAUCCAUGUCCUAUUACCAUCACUUCAUUUGGUGGUGAUUUAGAGCAGGUGUUCGACAAGAAGACACCGUCACGAACUAAUUGGAAAGGCGUUGAUUUUACAACUGAAACAUACCUUGAGAAAUUUGAUAAAGAAAAGCUGGUCUAUCUGUCAGCGGAUUCAGACAAUGUGGCAACAGAAUUGGAUGAGAAUAAGGUGUAUAUUAUUGGCGGAAUCGUUGACAAAAAUCGUUACAAGGGACUUUGCCAGGAAAAAGCUGUCAAGGAAGGAAUCCCUACUGCACAACUUCCAAUUGGCGAAUAUCUCCAAUUAGCUACACGCAAAGUUCUCACUGUAAACCAUGUAUAUGAAAUCAUGCUCAAGUGGCUUGAAUGUAAAGACUGGAAUCAGGCAUUUUUAGAAGUUAUACCCCAGCGAAAGUUCAAAGACUUUAACGCAUCCAACCAACCUAAUUCAUCAGCAGCCGGUGAAGAUUCGUCCGAUGAAGAGGCAGUGGACGAAGGAUCAGACAUCGGUGCAACGCCACAGGAUAAUUAGGGAUAGUUACUUCACUAGAGGUACUCAUUGAGGUGCCAACACAAGAAUAGAGCCAUCGUGCAAAAUUGCAAAAAUAAAAAAAGAUUAUGCCAUAGCCAGUGGUGUUUCACAUACGCUAAUUACUUUAUGUAUUAUACAACUUCUUCAAACAUAUCCUUAUCCGACAUAUCAUCAUCUGAGUCAUGUCUUUGUACUUGAGAGCGGUUGUGGUCGUUGUCGCUUCGCACUUGGUAUCGCUCGUGCUCCCGCUUCGCCACUUCACGGCCUUUGCUUCCCAAUUUAAGCAGCUCGCUCGACCACUUUUCUAGCUGCGUGGUGUAUUUGUCUAUCGUUUCCGUCUUUACGUGUAUAUCGCGUCGUAACAGGGCUAAAGACUGAUUAUAUAAAGUUAAGACCUUGGUGCGUCUUGAUAAUCACAAAAUACA